AUGUCUGCAGAUGUUCUCAAUGGAGCGAUUAGAAUGCGAAAAAAACGCACGAGAAUCAAAAAAGAUUCCAAUAAAAAUGCUAUAGAACUACCCAAAUCUAAUAUAAAAACACGAACAUAUACAAAGAAACUGAAAAGUGAAUUCAAUGGAUCGAUCGAAGAGGUUGAUAAAUCCAUUCAACAAUCAACAGUCGCUAGAAAAAAGCAUAAAAAAAAAAAAGAGAGUUCUCAAAAUGGUCAUUAUGUUACUCGAAGUUUAAGUAAAACAAGAGGUGACUCUGUACUGCUUGAGCCUUUUGCAAAUCCAGGACGUAUACCUGCUGCCAAACUUCAACUAUAUCUCGGUGCUUUAAACAGAAUAUCAUCAGAAAAUCAGAAAGAAGUUAAUGAAAUGACGAUCUUACCUGGUAGCUGUGCCCAAGCGAGCAUCCUCCGUGAUGAUAUUAUAGCUUCUAUAAAGAAAAGUAGCUCAGAUCAAGAGGAAGAAGACUUUUUUGAUAAAAUAGUUCCAGAUAUCAUGGCAGAAAACGGUACAAGUGCUAGAUUCUUUGAAAACCUAGCUCAUCUAGACGAGUGUGAAAGCAAGGAUAAUAUACAUAGAAUACCAAAAAGCAUCCCUGUGGACAAAUCAAUCCAGACAGAGCCAAUAUCAACCCAAAAGCGAAGAAGUAGACAGUAUUCAAAAGCUGAUGUUUCAACUCAAACGCAGCUUUCGAGCUUUGAUUCAUAUUUAUCUUGUUCAGAUGAUGAGUUUUGGGAAGAUGCAUUAGAACAAUUAUAA